AUGGCAUCUCCGGGGGCCGACAUAUCAUCACAUGCGAUCGUGAAAACCAGUCCAAAGAUCAAAGAAUUACGGAACCAUGUCAACUACGGAAUCCUUCGACGCUUCUUCUUAGAUAGACUAAAACAAUCGGAGAUAGAGAGGAGGGAAAGUGUCCUUUCCUUGCAAGAUAAACAGGUCUCUAUUGUGAAAGAUUGGGACGCGGAAAUUGUGACGAUCAGCAAGGAGCAAGGUGUUGACAGUAAAGAGAUAAGGAGAGCUGGAGAGCUACUAGGAGUAACUGAAUAUUUCCCUUCAUUCAAAGAUGGCAAACAAUUAAAGAAUCUACGGCAAGUCAAUAAAUUACAAAAAGAAACCCCAAAGGUGUUCAGAGCUUUGGAGGACUAUUUGGGACAUGAUGAACUCAAUUCUCGGAUUCAACUCAUGAGAACUAUCAGUACGAUGAAGUAUCAGGGUAUCACUUCAGAGGAAAUUUCAGGAUGGCUAGAACAAGGCUUGGAUGUACAAAGGAUGUUGAAGAUAACAGAAAUGCUUCAUAGAGUCCGAACUAAUCAGGUCAAAGGAAUCCUAUCGGAUGUGAUGGGAAAGGAGGAAUUAGCCAUGAAUUCAAUUUUUCGGCCUGUUUCACCAAAGAUCCCCUGGUUUCAAAGCCUUGAGCGUCAUAAACUUUUGGAGAGCUUAAGUUCAGAUCCAAAGUUAAAAGAACUUUAUUUUAAUCUAGAGGUUUAUGUUGAAGAACAUUCCAAACAACUUGAUACUCUUUCUCAUCCCGAAUCAGUCAUAGAUCAACACAUCCGAGCUGCUCUUAGAGGCAAUCCUGAUAAAAAAAAUCUAGCUUCUCAGUUACGUAGUCCUUAUAAUGCAAAAAAAUCCACCGAGUUGCCUAGAACAGAAGUUAGAAAGGUCACCUAUAUUGAUGGAUGA